CUGAACUUCCUACACUGGCUGCAGGAGGAGAGGAAAGCAGCUCAGUUCCAGCUUUUUUUUUUUUUUAAUGCUAUUUGAGCUGGACAAAGUGCAAGGUGUCUAACUUGGGUCCUGAUGAUUCUCAUUUGGGAGCCACUAGGGUAGGCAGUGGAGCAGAGCCCUGCCAGGCACGUGAUGAGCACCUUGAUGGAGCACUUGGAUUUGAAGGGACAAGCAGUGGGGAAGACCUGGGGGUCUGCACAGAGCAGUGACUGCUCCCCCUGCCUGCCCUCCCCCUGCCAGCUGUGCUCCCAGCCACCUGUGUCUGCCCCUGACCCUGCAUCAGCUGGCUCAGUCCCAGGAGAGUGAUCACAGUCCCAAUUACCUCCAUACACAUUGUGGCAAACAAAAGCAACCCAAAACUCUAGUAACAAGCAGGCUGCACUCUUUGAGGCUUAACAGAAGAGACUUAAGCUUUAAUGGACUGCAGAGACAAAAUAGUUGAGCCAUUUGAUCUGACAAUACUUAAAUUCGUCUGCACUGCGCCCUGCUGUUCCAGCUCCCAGUGCUGCUUAGGCUCUUGCUCCACAAACUACUGCAGCAUCACCUCAUUAUGAAGCACUGCAACAGCCCUCCUGCUUUCCUAGCAUGCCUCUACUGCAGCAGCUCCAACCCAGCCAUACUCCCCUGCUCACUGCUAAGCCUCAUACCCUGGAGGAAAUUAUUUAACUCCCAUCCAUUCUCUAGAAGCUUCGCAAAUUCAUCAUGGUACAUGCAGCUUCUCCUUUCAGAAGUGCUUUUUUAGCUUAUUCCACUGGUAAUAGCAGGAAAUGGCCUGCUGCAGUGAAGGAUUCAUCCAAAUAAGCUGGGAGCCAUAGCUAGGCUGUGGAUAAUGCCUGGCUUGCGUCAGUGCUUGAGAUAUCACCAUGCUUUAGGUAAAUGGGCUGCCUAAAGGUAAAGCUUCAGCAGAGGUAAGGCUUCAGCAGAGGCUGUGGAACAGUGGCUUCAGCCUGCAUUGCUUGAAUCAUCCCCUGGGAGUUAUUGAUAACAUUUACAAUUAGCAGUGCUUAACGACAGAAGAGCAGGACCUUGCCCUGUUGCACCUACCAAGCUUCCCACAGCAUUUAAGGACUUUGUGUUUUGCAUUGCACUCAGGUCAGUUUGCUCAUUAGCCUUCAGCACUCAUUAGUCUUUAAUCACCACCCUCCCCUCAAUUUGCUGAACUGAAAUAAUAACUUUGGUUUCUUCAGGUCACACCACAGGGGAUCCACAGCUUAAUUAUGCAGAAGAUGUAAAUAAGCUGAUUUGAAGAAUACUUAACAUUAUUAAAAUUAUUGUAUUACAAGGAAGCCUGAAAAGAAAAAAACCUUUCCCAAUUAUUUGAGUAUUGCUUACCUCUGUCACACCUUGAUAUUCAUCUGUUGAAGAAGAAGCACCUUCAGGCAUUUAGGGACACCAUACCUUACCUCUUCAGUAAUUAGGAAGCCUUAAAAACCCUUCUACUCAUUGUUCACAAACAAGAGUUUUAGGCAAUGUAAUAAUAAGCUUGUUUAGCUGAUAGCUUUGCAGUACUUUUCAGGCCUAAACAGCUACUUCUCAGUCUAGCACGCAGCUCCUGCAGCUAUUUUUCUCAAGCACUGCCAUCAACAGCUAGCGCUAGAGCAAAACUCACCCUCUUCUACUGAAUGGAGGAGCCCCUCAGCCCCCUCUGAGCACCUUAAUAAGCCUUAAUGGCCAUGAUGAGCUUCACCUGAGUGUGCCCACCCCCUGAACUGGGAUCCUACAUAAGCUCAGCUCAGGGCAUUCAUCUGUUUCUUAAGUGGGGCUGUAGGAGUACUGCUCUUUAGUUUAACUGACUCUGGUUUUAAGUUGUAAACUGAUAAACUGAUUUUGUUGUUGAAUUCUAGGUCUCCUCUCUGCAGGAGUGCUUUGGAAAAAUCCUUCUCAGAUGGAGCAGUGAGGCACUGGUAUAGGCUGCUUAGAUUCACCACCAUCCUGGUGGUCUCUAUGUGACACCCUUGGAGGACUGAGGAAGGCUUGCUCACCCUCCUGUUCCUGGCACCCCGUUCUGAAGCUGCACCUCCUAAGUGCUGUGAGAAGCGUUCGGGGUGUUUGGGGGGGCCGUGAGGAAGGAGUUGUGUUCGCCUAUAGAGCAAUGAUGUUGUUGCAGAGUAAGGACUUAAGGCAUCGCUGAGUGGGAGCAGUGUUAGGAUGGGCAGAGGAGGACGCAUGGAUCAUGGCUUCAAAAAACAAAAAAAACCCAACAACCCCAAAAGUGGAAAAACAUCUCUGGCUUUUUUUUUUUUUUUUGAGCUCAGAGGCUCAUGUGCUCUGUCUCAGGUGGGAGAACCUUGGCUGGCUGGUCCCCGGGCUGGGCUGGGAGCUGCUGCCCUUUGUCCCCUGCGGUGGCAGUGGACUUUGGCAGUGGCGCCGGGGAGCGGAAGUGGGGCAGCAGGCCAUUGGAGCCCCUGGAUCUGAUGCAUGGAGCCCUGGGCCCCACCGCGUCCGCCCCCAACCCGGCACAGCCACGCUGCCGGGAAUGAGUGGGCAGAAGGCCGCCGUGGGACCCCACUGCCUUGGAGACCUGUCCUCCCCAGUCCAUCACCUCAUCCUGGCUCCUGGGACCCUGGCAGGGACCUGCACCGGCCGGCAUCCCGGGCUGAGAGCUACAAGAGUGGCCAUGCCUUCCGGGCCUACUCCAGGCAAGAAUAUGAAGACCCCCACUGGCAAUACCCAGCAGCCACCUAUGGGGAAAACCACGCUUACCAAAGACACCAGUGGCAGCCUGUGGCCUGGCAGGGCAACAGAGAUGUGACACAGGUUAAGCCUCACGGCAAGAGCACCGCUUACAGAGACCAGCACUACUACAAGGGCUACCACCCCAACCUGGCUGCCAGUCUCCCGGGGCAGGACAGGUCCCAGACCUAUGAUGCAUAUAAGGAGGGUUCCAGGCAUUCGUGGGCUGGGGUCAGCAAUGUGGGGGAGGCCAGUGGCCAGCCCCAAGAGCCCAGCCUGCUCCAGCAGUACCGUGAGUCGGGGCUCAGCUCCAGUGGCUACGAGCUCAGCCAGUACAUCCGCGAUGGAGCCGAACCCAAUGACACUGCAUUUUCGGGGGGCUGGAGCCCAGUGCAAAGAGGAGGGCCCUUGACAUCAGCUGUGGUGGCACCCCACAAGUUCCUGCAGCCACACGUGCCAGUGUGCUUGGGAGCCGGAGGGCAACUGGUGCUGGUGUGUCCCCAUCGCCCCACUGAGGGGCAGCUCCCCCUGGUUGAGCUGCACAGCAUGGAGGUAAUCCUUCAAGACACAAAAGAGCAGGAGGAGCUUCAGGCCUUCCCAGGGCCCCUGGCCAGGGAAGAUCUGCACAAAGUAGAUGUGAUGACAUUUUGCCAGCAAAAGAUAGCCUCAAGCUGUGAUCUCUCAACACAGAGAGGCAGAGAUUCAGCUCUUCUCUGGAAACUCCUGGUCCUCCUCUGCCGACAGAACGGGUCCAUGGUGGGCUCGGAUGUGGCAGAGCUGCUGAUGCAGGAUCGCAGGCAGCUGGAGAGGUACAAGAGGCAGGAGCCGGCGGUGGGCCCCGUCAGCCUGGCAGAUGAGGAGUGGCGUCAACCGGGGACACUGGACCUCAUCACAGGGGAAGUCCCCCCAGUGGUGGAGACACAGGCACAGAUAGUGGAGAAGUUCACCAAGCUCCUCUACUAUGGCAGAAAGAAAGAUGCACUGGUCUGGGCCAUGAGAAACCAGCUGUGGGGCCAUGCUCUCUUCCUGUCCAGCAAGAUGGACCCUCGGACCUACAGCUGGGUGCUCACUGGGUUCACCAGCACGCUGGCCACCAACGACCCGCUGCAGACCUUCUUCCAGCUCAUGUCAGGAAGGAUCCCACAGGCAGCACAGAGCUGUGGGGAUGCCAAGUGGGGAGACUGGAGGCCCCACCUGGCCGUGCUGCUGUCCAACAAGGUGGGAGACAUGGAGUUGAACCACCGGGCCAUCGUCACCAUGGGAGACACCUUGGCUGGCAAGGGAGCGGUGGAGGCAGCUCACUUCUGCUAUCUGAUGGCAGAUAUUCCGUUUGGUUACUUUGGGGUGAAGGCAGACCGCAUGGCUCUGCUGGGCAGCAGCCACCGCCAGGCAUUCACCCAGUUUGCCACCACUGAGGCCAUCCAGCGCAUGGAAGUCUUUGAGUACUGCCAGCAGCUGCGGCGCCCCACAUCCUUCCUGCUCCCAUUCCAGGUCUACAAGCUCCUCUAUGCCUCCCGCCUGGCUGACCAUGGGCUGCCGGCCCAAGCCCUGCUCUACUGCGAGCAGAUUGCCACCACGCUCCUGCAGCAGGACCCAGCCAGCCACCCUGUCCUGGCCCAGCAGCUGACCAAGCUGGCCGAGCGACUGAAGCUCUGCGACCCACUGCUGCUGGAGAUGCCUGAGCAGGACCCGGCCCUGGAGCCCGAGUGGCUGCUGCAGCUCCGCACCCACUGCCAGCACUGCGAGGCACAGGAUGACCCUGCUCCGGAGGUGGCAAUGACCCAGCCAGAGCCCUGGGCUGCUGCAGCCACCCCAGGUGGAGAGUUUGACCAUGAGCAGCCCCAGAGCGAUGGCCCCCAGUGUGAGCAGUGGCACCAGCCCCCCAUGCCACUGCAGGGAACUGGUCCCCACCAGGACGUGUCCAUCCAGCCCCUGGAGGUUGCAGUGUUGGGCACGGGGCCGACCUCCCUGGAAGAGCUUUGCCCUGAGCCCUCCCUGCAGGCGGUGCCGACAGCAGGCGAUGCUGGGGAGCCCCAGGAUGUCCACGGGGUGCAGCAGCCGGUGCAGGCAGAGCUGCAGGAAUUAAGCACGAGGGCUCGCUCAGCCUCAGAGAGCUCCACGGCAUCCCUGGAUGAGGGCAGCCAGACAUCCUCAGACAGCGCGGCCGAGGAGCUGGAGGGGACAUCGGAGGACAAGAGCUCUGGAUUCCGGUGGUUCGGAUGGUUUCGGUCCAAACCCCAGAAGGAAACUUCUCCCAAAGCCACGACCUCAGAUUCCCCCACGCCAGGACCGCAGGAUCGGAGGUCCCCAUCCCCACCCGGUGCUGACCCUCCAGCUCAGCCCCCAGCGUCCCCAUCUCCGUACAGAAACCCUGUGUCCAUCGACAUGAAGGGCCCGUGGGACGUGGACGGCCACGAGCCCAGCUCCCAGCAGCCACCCCCAGGGAUGAUUCCGCUUUUCAACCCUGCGCAGGUUUCCCAGCUCGCCGCUGCCCGGCCCAGCCAGCCCAGGCUGCUCUCCCAGCGCCGCUACCCCAACCCGCUGUGAGCGGGGCUCAGUGUGCGUGUGUGUGUUUAAUGCUCGGAGAAAACAGCAGCGCUUCGUGGAACGCUCUCA